CCUAGGUGCCUCUUUAACAUCUCUCCGGUGAGGUCCGAUGGAUCGAUUCAUGAGAGUCCAGACCGAAUCGCCAGAAACCCUGGAAGAAAACGGAGCCGGCGGCGUGGAAGCGCCGGAGACCGUAGACGGCGGCGAAGAAGGGGCCGAAGGGAAGGAAGCGGCGGAGAAUCCGACGCUGUUCAUGGGAAUGAAGGUCCGGAGAAGAGCCUCGAUCCACAGGGAUUGUAAGGGGGAUUACAUCGGCAUCCCUUCCGAUCCCUUUCUUUCCAAGAUGUUGUGCAAGCAAGGUGACAACACAGUAUUGUUUGCAGACACAGUUUUGAAGUUCACUGGAUCAGGAAAGAUGAAGAGACGCAUAUUGAUAAUUACAGAUUUUGCUAUUUAUCUUGUUGAUCCUGAUGCUAAUGUGUUAAAACGGCGGAUAGCACUUGCAGCUGUUGAUAAGCUUUGCUUGAGCGAACUGAGUGAUAAUUUUCUUGCAAUCAUCAUCCCGACUGAGUAUGACUUACUAAUGGCCAGCACUCGGAAAACAGAAAUUGUUACUAUGCUAGUUAAAGCUACCAGGAGCACAUCUGAAUAUGAACUUGAGCUGUUUUGCUCCAACAGGUUUGAGUACCAUGCUGCUGCUGACUUGCUGAAAGAAGUUGAAUUCGAGGAAGUAGAUGGAGGUAUUAGAACAAGGUUCAUGAAGAAGGAAAGCAAAUGAGAUAUUUGGGCAUCUGGUUGGCAUUAUCGAAGUAUACUUUGUAGAGCACAAUCUCAUUCAUAUUGAGAGGUGGUGAUAUUCACUGCUUCUUGAGUCUUUUUAUUUUGCACAAAAUAUUAUUUUUAUUCUUUCGAUACUUUUUUCUUCUCAGUGUUCUAUCAUUUAUGUUAGGGCAAUUUCUUCUCUCUAAAAUUCAGGGCCUGGUGCUCGGUUAAUGAUAUUGGGUGUAUGUGCCAUGUCAUUUACAUGUAUCUAUCCCUUAACGGUCAGCACAUCCGCUAAUUGCAUCUAUUAUUUGCACAAGAAUGAUGAAGAAGGCUCAUCUUCCAUUUCA